GUGCGAAGUUCACGAGAGAAGUGGUAAGAUAAACGUAUGUCAGGGUUCGUAUGUAUGCCUGCGGUGUAUAUGCAGGUUCAUGGUCAGUGAUCUGGCCACGGCGAUUGUCGUUACCAGCGGAGCCAUCCCCCGUAAGUCCCUGGUAUUGGCAUUGAGAAAUAGGAUGAUUGUAGUGGCGUGACUAUUGUCCGCGAAGCUUAAAGUAGUGUCCUGAUUGCGUCUGGCGACUUCUGCCGUUUACUCCCAACGUCGCGUUGUGCAUUCAUGACAUGGUUUAGGUUGUGAGACGUAGGCGCAGGAGACAUGCACUCUCGGCCCUUUCCGGCCACGCCUGCUUUUCUUAUCUGGAUUUUCAAUGCCUUACAGUGUGUCCUCGUGCCGCUCGUUUUAUUGACCUGGAUCUUUUCCGCUUUCCAUCAUGGAAAAGGAAUUCUUCGACGAAGGUGCUUUUACGGUCCUUGUCCAAUGAGUUUGCACCGAAAAAUUCGAUAGGACCUUCCACUAUCGUAUCUACUUGCGAAUACUCGGACGGCAAACUCGCUAUUGUCCUUGUUGUAGUGCCUGUAGGGGAUUAAAGAUAGCACUUAUCUCAAG